AAUGUCCACAACAAAUCAACAGCUACGCCUUUCAUUGGCCAUUCCAUUGCUGCUGGGGGUGCUGGCGAACUGUUGCUUAGCACUGACCGCGGCGGAUUCGGCAAACAAACGCGAACAAUUGUUAACCACAAUGAUUGAAGAGUACCUGGAGCUGACCGACUUUCAAUUGCAGCAUAGCAAAGCUUUGGUGCAAAAAGUGCUGGCAGAUGGUGCAGUUGUGCAAAUGCAGAGUGAACUCAUGAACGCCGAGAGAGGUAUAAUGGAGAAUUUCGUGCGCCAAGUAGAGGACAAGGAGCAAGAAGAGCCACCGGCAAAAAGUAAUACAGCAAAUCGUUUCUUUUAUCUCAUUGCCAAGUCGUUGAUUUAUCAGGAAUUCGAAGGCAUUCUAAGACGCCACGACACCACAAAUCCAAGACGAAAGUUUGCUUCAGAAAAUUAUUUAAUUGAGCGUUCGCUAAAGAAGCAUGGUCUCGCCAAUUGGCAACGCGAUGUGACACAAAAGCAAACUGAAUUUAUGAAUGAGUUUGUGAAAGAGGUGGAUGCAUAUUUGGCGCAGCUGACACCAGCACAGCGCAACAAUGAGGAUUUUCAAGCGGAAAAGAUGCAGAAUUGGUCGGCUAAAAUGAAAACCAUAACGAAUGUGGAGCAGCGCAUGGAAACUUUCAAAGAGUUUAUGAGAUUCUUUGUGAAAUUUUAAAUUGAGCACAAAAAAACUUCACUGGUGAAGUGAAAAAUCAAAAAGAGCGCUCUUUAGGUUUUUGAGUUAAGUGAAAUAGUACUGGUAUCGCAUAAAAUUUUAGACUUUUGUAUACACCAGCAGAUGACUGAUUAACUAGGCUGAUGAAUUUCGAAUGAACUACAAUGUUUCGUAAAUGAAAAAUUUAAUUAAACAUCAAUAAAUUUCCAAAAGCACACAUGCAACACUCAAGUUUUUAGUCCCUAAGGAUGACAAUUUAAAUUU